AUGUUUUACAGUUGGUUCCGCACACACGCUAUCUUGCAAUCCCUUGUAACUGGACCCAUAAUCUUCGUCGGCUGGUAUUAUGGCUGGGCCACCUCAGAGGAGAUCGGACGAGGACAUUUCGUCGACCCGCACCAAAGAUUAGGCUUGACGUUGCUCACUUUGUACAUAUUCCAGGUCUUGCUGGGGAUGUUUAUCCACUGGGUGAAGAUACCAAAAAGCGGAGGACCGUUCGGACCGGGAACGAGAAGAUUACAGAAUUAUUUCCAUGUCUUUUUGGGGCUGGUUAUCUUCGUGCUGGCGGCUGCUCAGGUGUACUACGGCCUCUUCAUUGAGUGGGAGUAUGCGUUUGACGAUGCGGCGACGGGUGAAACCAAGGAGUUUGCGUUUCAAGUGCUGAAGAAAGGUCCAGAUGGAUCAGGAGAAAACGAGGGAACAGGAACAGGGAACGAUGGGAAUGAAGGAGAAUCGGAGUUCGAGGAUGUACCGUUGGCCGCCAAGAGGGCCUGGCUCGGGAUCAUUGUAGCGUUCUGGGCCCUUUAUCUCAUUGGAAUGGUUCUCCUACCGAGGCAGUUCCGCAAAGAGAAGGAGUACAGGGAGAGGUUGAAGGAGGCUGGACACCUAGAAACAACAAAGGAGUCUAUUCAAGGGAGAUGA